UAGUUGACAUUGCAGCAGAGGCGUUGAGUAUUCGUGGGAUGUCGUAUACGUCGUCAGUAUCGUUCUAUAUGGUUGAAGGGGCUUGCAUAACAUGAUGAUAGAAAUGCAAAAUUGAGUCAAGGCGAAGUGAAUUUCAUGCGCGUGAAAUUCAAUGUCAUGUGGAAGGACCGUCCAUGUCGACAACGGCAAGGCUGGCGACCGCUCAUCAGCAACCAAUCGCGGGACGGGCGCGCCCGCAGCAACCAGGCCCCAGGGCUCCAGCAGAACCACGGGACAGCCCCGUUGACUAACAGGCGCCUUCAUUAUUCGUCGACUGAAGCUCCCACAGCGCGACCUCAACAGCGUAAUCACCCCAACGCACGACCAGACGUCGACGUGGCAUUGGCGAAGGGUGAGUUGCAGCAACAAGCUACACAGCCGUGCGCCUCGACAACGGGACUGCCCCCAGGCUAGCUCCGAGGAACCACAACAGAGGCCAGCGUGCCACGGCUACACAGACAAGAUGGUGGGCAAAAAGUCGGGCAGGGCCCAGCUGAGGCAGGAAG